GUAAGAUGUAUAAUACUGUAGACUAUAGUUAAUUACUGCGGCCCGUGAUAAAAGAAUCGCUCCACAUAAAUUAUUAUAUUAUAUGGACACAUGAAUUCAUGUUGCUCAACAGUAUUAUAAUAAUUAUAAUAAUAAUAAUAAUAACAAUAAUGAUUUAGACGGCCGAAGAGACUUGAGCGAUCGGCGCGUCGGAGCGUCGACGGCGGCAAUAACGGCGGAGGUGUCCGGUACGUGGCAGCACUGUGCUAAUUAUUGUACACACAUAUUAUAAACGUAGUAGUCCCUCGCUCUCGCGGGCAACGGUAUACGAAAAUCCACUGGCGCAGUCGGUAUUCGUCGUCCGGUGUGUAAUACUUUCUCGUCGUAUACGCCGUCGUCGUCGUCGCUACGUCCUAAAAUCGAGAGAAAAAAAAAAAAAAAACGGUAUACCAGAUAUUCUCUGAAUAUUAUUAUUUUAUUAGUGGGUACCACCGCGGAGCCGCCGGCCCGAACUGGUCCGAAAAUUCUGUACCUACUCGAUACGCAACAAUAUACUACCUACACCUACGGUUUUUUUUUUUUUUUAUUUAUUUAUUUCACUAAUAGCGAGUGAGACGAGUAGCGCAGAGUGUGCGACCGCGUUUUUUUUUUGUUUUGUACUACUGUUAAUAUUGGAAUUUGUUUUUUUUUUUUUAUUUUCGUUUCGAAAUAAUAUUGUCAUCGUGUCCAGUAACAACCCGCUACAACACCUUGUUAUUGAAAUUAUGUCGCCGUUUUAGAAGACCGUAUCAUUUUUUUUUUUUUAUUAUUUCCUCCCCGUCGGAGAAUAAAAUCACAACAAAAUCGGAAGGAAGAAAAACCGACGUGCCCGAUCGCCGAUUCAUGCGCGGCGAUAAUUUUGGACGCGAAAUAAGUGGCUCGCACGUGAGUAUAAAUCAGAAAAAAAAUUAGAAAUUAAUAAAUCAUAUUUUAUACAAUUUACUAUUAUAUAUUGACACACGCGCACAAACACGCGAAUAUCGCUUUCACUCAAACGUACGUACUUCUGUAUCCUUAGUCAUAUAUACCCUAGUGCGAGUACACGAGAGACCGUUGCAUAGUAAAUACAAUUUUUUUUUUUUUUAUUUGCAAAGUUCCGGGAACGGAGGUGAAAUCUUUUUGGAUCCGGAAACGUUUAGGUUCUCUGUACGGUAAUAUUAUCAAUGUAGGUAUAUACCAAUGCUCAUACUUGGUCUUUGCGGUCUCGCAGGACGAUAUAUAGCGAACUGCAGACGUAUAAAUUUAGACAAUCGAAAUUCUUACAAAAGCGCGUUCGCUAUUAAUAAUGCGUUUUUAUAAUAUAUUCAGAUCACACUACCUAUACCGAUUACCACGUAUGUGGUGUCCCAUUUAUUUUUACCGCGAGUUCAAUCCGCGCUUCCCCGCGCAGUGUGUUAUUUUUUAAGGCCGAAUUUUUUUUUUCUACGUUAUAUACCCACUCCGAUCCGAUCGCGGAAGCGCAUUAACGGAUCGCCUAUAAUUCAUUGUUGUACUUUCUACUAUCCGAUUUGGGGACCAUAGUUUUAUAGAAAAAAAAAAAAAUAUAUAUAUAUAUAUAUAUAAUAUAAUAUAGUGCGACCGCAUAAGAUUUCCGAGGAGAGACAUUGAAUCGACACUAUGAUUGGUACACCCUCAAAAUAUCCCGCGGUUCUGUAUGGAAUAUUCCGCAUGCGAAACGUCCCGGAGUUCAAAACUUCCGGGCGUCUCAUAAAAUAAACCGUUACAAAUUAAAUCGAUCGUUCAAAUAUAUUAUAUAAUAAUAAAAACUUCAAUACAUUUUACAUUAAUCGGUUUUAAUCGUAACGAUUUAUUUCAUAACAUAAACUGCGACAAUCAUAUUAUUUUAUUGGCAUUUUUUUCAAUAUUUAUGGGAAUAAAACGCAGACACAUGUGUGUACUCUAUUAUUUUAAUUACGUAUUAAUAUUUUUUAAUUUCAUAGUUUAUAAAGUGUUUUUUUUUUAAUGUUUUACUGAUGUCCGUUUCUUUUUUCUGAGAACCCGGGAUGCCAACGUAAUCGGGAUCAAAAUUAUAUAAUAUACACAAAAGUCCAAUCGAACCGACAACCACGAGUAGAAGGAUUUUUUUUUAAUAAAAUAAUAAAGUAAAUACAACAUUAUUUAAAUGGGUUAAUACUCGUAAAUAAAUAUAUACAUUUUGUACAUAUUUAUUUAAUUGAUUUUUUUUUGACCAAUUUUUAAUUAUUUCAAUAUCGAAACACGCCGUAUAGGGUCAUCGUAUUUUACUUCAACGUGCAGUCGAUACGCCAACACGUCGUUACCGCAGGAGUCGUCUUCGUGCGCGUCCUACACACCACAAUAGAAUAUAAUAAUUAAUAUAAAUAAUAUCACAGAAUAGUACACUGUAUGCAUCACCUAUCCAUUGUUGUUGAAAUCGAUAAUAAUAGAUUAUUGUAAAUUGUUACGCCGGUACGGCCAAGUUUCAAUCGAAAAAAUACGCGAAUUAGCUGCGGGUAUAACGUUCGGAGUAUGAUAUAAAUCAUAGUCAAAUUAUCUCCGAAUAUAACGCGAACACCCGAUAUAUUAUACUUGGAAAAAAUAACGGUUAGGUUAGGUUAAGUCAAAACAAUUGAAUUAUCAUUGUACACGCCGACGUUUCGGACAAUAAAAUUACGAGUAAGUGUAGGGGUACUUACGUAUUAUAUUCUAAACUGUGAGAACUUUAUCGUCGUAAUGUACCGCGAUUUAUUACACGCAUUAGUCGAUGAUUACUUACCGUUAAAAAAUACACAUUUUUCUGAAUGUUCUGACCCCUAUUAAUUCUCUCGAUUACCUACCUAUAAUAAAUAAAUUAUCCGACUUAAUAAUACAACAAUGUAAUAAUUAUGUAAUUGUCAAAACUGAUACAAUCAAUUAAAAUAUCAUAUCAGUUAAAUUGUAUUAUUAUUUGUGUAGUUCAUAUUAUUGUAAUUAAUUAUAAGUAAUGCGCCAACGGAUAUAUACGUUUUACCUUGAAAACGUUCAAAUUUUACCUAUACCCUCGAUUAAUUAUUUAUACUAUACGUGGUUAGGUAUACCUGCAGACUAGCUAGUUUACUUAUUGCGAUGUAACUAAUAUAUCAAUAAUAUCGGCCGGUACUCGAAACUCAAAAUUAUAAUAAAGUAUAAAAUUGCUUCAAAAAUUGCUGUACAAAAGCACCUAUAUACCUGAACAUUAUAAAUAUAUAACCGUGUGAAACGGGGGCAUCAAUAAAAUCGGACGAAAAGAGAUUAAUCGUAUUUGGGAGGAAUAUUUUACGUAAAAUAUAUGGUCCCAAGAGAAAGGAGGAUGAUAAUAGGUAUUUAUGAACGAAGGAAAAAUUAAAAACUGAGAGCAGUGUUUAAUGAGCGAGAUAUAGUCGGAAUAACUAAUAAGCCGCGAAGCUGAGCCGGGCAAGUUUGGCGAAAAAAGUAACGUGUUUCACAUUACCUCUCCCGUGUAGUGUAAUGAAUUACAUUUUGAAAAACUCGGAGUUGAUUGCAAUACAAAUAAUAUGGAGAUACAUAAAAAAAAAAAAAAAUGCAAAUAAAUUAAUACUAACCAAUCCUAACCGGAAGUUGUUCGGGAUGAUUAUACAUUUUCGACCGAUUAUUCCCGUUUCGGUCACAUAAUACAGUGGUCCACUUCGGAUAUUUCACGUUUCGUUUAGUUCACAAAAAUAAUUUUACAAUUUUAUUUAUACAUACAUGUACAUAUAUUUCUGCAUCAAGAUCUCUGCACGCUGCUAUAACUUUUCGUCUCUCACGUUUCUGACCGCACACCUAUCGUGCGAGUGUAGGUAUAUGCUAUACAGGAUACACCUAUUAAAUAGGUACCAUACAAUAAAUUAUUAUUAUAGUGAUCGGAUGUGUGCAGCGAAAGUUGUUUUUUUUUUUCUAUCCCUCAUUCAUUGCAGCAAAGCUGGCGAUGCGGUUAACUACGAUUUCCACCCAGUGUACUAUAGGUACAUAUUGGUAUCGUAUUAUUAUAGUCACUGCGAUAUAAUAACAUUAUAUAGUGAGAGUGACCCGUCAAAAUAUAGUUUCAUGUCUAUCCGCCGAUUGGUGUUGAAUGUCGUUUCCAAGUAGGUUAAUCCCGGCAUUACUAGUCACGUAUAAUAAUGUGUAUUGUCGACAAGACAUAAGUAUAUCUGAGUAUAUCCGAAGACAAUUAAUAAUAUUAUAUACAGGUAGACAGAAGGGUACAGCGGAAAAUCAUACGUUUUCGACUGAUUAUCAAUAAAUAACAAAUAUAGGUUCAUAGGUAAUAUUUAACAUAUAACGACUGCAUUGCAAUUCCGAUGGUUUUCUCAAAACCGGUGGCGUGUUUAGAAUUUUGUCAAGGAAAGAGAUAUCAAACUUAAAAAUUGCAUCAUAUUUUGUAACGUGUGAAGACCAAAAAAACAGAUUAAUUUUUAAUUUAUAUAUAUAUGUAUUUUUAUCUAUAUAAAUACUAUGUAGUCAAAUCUGACCUAAAAUGAAAACUAAAAUCAAAUAACUAUAUUAGGUAGUAAUUAUUAUUAGCUAAUUUAGGUACCAAUAUCAAAUAUCCUUCAUACCUAUAAAGGUUCAGACAUGUAUGUGUAUGUAACAACUUGUCUACCAGAAAUCUAAAAACUAACAAAAUCAAAAAAAGACAACAGAGCUUUUUUAUAGCGAAAAAAAAUGGUAAUGAAUAACAAAUAAAGUAUAAUUCCAGAUAUAUUUCAAUAGAACAUAGCUAUAAUAUCAUUGUAUCAAUUUACUUUUUUACUUCGGCAUUUCGAUAUGAACAGAAAAGCUACGAAAAUUUUUUUGGGCAAAAUAUACAUUCUACAAACAGUGCCAUUAUUGAAUUUUUAAUGGUUCUAUACAAAGUAUAAUACGUACCAACCUGUAGUCUUAUAAUUUAGGUAUUGUAGUCUUAAAUAGUUAAUCUGGGUUGACAGUAAUGUAAACGUAGUUUUUAACGCCUAUACGAAAACACGGUAUGAUGGUUUUUUCCAUUAUAAUCGUGUCGUUUUUUUAUUUUUAUUAUUUUCACUAAUGGUGUUAAACAAAUAGUAAUAAUAUAAUGUGGACAUGUAAGUUGUUUGUAUGAUUCAAUAUAAGACUCCCUGCGUAGAAGAUCCGCAACAAUUUAAUAGAUCUACCUACCUAUUCCGGAAGAAAAAAAAAAUGCCGUCAACUGGUUGAUUCGGUCAUGUAGCGGACCACUAAGACUGGGUCAAGGUUCCGAUAGCAACAAACUGUAAUAUAUACCAUACCUAAUAAUCAUUACAUAUUAAAAAAAAAAAAAAAACUGACUAAUUUUUUCUUAACUUUUAUCAUAUAUAAUUAUUAAUUACUAUACCUAAAAGUUGAAUAGUUGUUUGCACCUUUAUUUCAACCGUAGGUAACACGUGUUGAAGUGAGAUUUCUUUACUAAAUAACAUUAUACACUCGUAGUAAUUAUUAGUUUUAAUUCCCUUGCUUCUCCUCUGGCCGAUUAAUAUAAAAUGUUUUUUUUUUUUUUAUUUUCACAAUAACUUUUAUAUUGCCUGGGUCUAUUUUUAAUAUUAUGUGUUGUCGUUAAGUCUAAACAUGUACCGAUACCUACCUAACCUUCUACCUAUAAUAAUUGACCAAUUACAUUAAAAACUAUAUUUCUUCGAUUUCGUAAUUCAACAAAUUACGAAGGUAAUUCGGUGGCAAAGGUUAGGGUGGCAACAUAUAAUUUAUUUUUAUACUUACCGGCAUUUUACCGUGAAAAGACGUAAUAUUAAAAAAUAUAUAAAAUUGGAUAAUAAUUAAAAAGAUAUUUCACACAAAAAUAAACCUUAAUAUUAUAAUUAUUUAUACUUAUUUAUAUACAGAGAACCUAGUUCAUAAAAAACUAUUCAAGUAGCACAUUUUAUUGACUCUAUAAUGGUUGUUUUACAUAUUAUUAUGGUUUAAUAGUUUGCCCCUCUUUAAAAACUUAUUUUUUAUAAGACAAAUUUUGGGUCUCUAUCAUAUUUAUAAUUUCGUGAAUAGGUUUAAAUUUAUUGAUGUAUCUCAGAAAUUUGAUUAACAAGUAUUUAAUAACAAUAUUUUUUAUUAAACAAUAUUAUAAAAUUAGCUCACCCAAGAUCCGUUCAUUAAAAUAAAUCAUAUUGUUUUAGAUUCUAAGCAGGAUAAUGAAAUGAUUAUUAUUUUGAACAAAUAUAUUAUCUCGAUAGUAUGAAAGGAAAAGUAAAUAUAAUUUAUUUUUAUUUUUCUGUAUUUGAUAAAAAAUGUGGUACUUAUUAGAUUAUUUAAACUGACCAUUUUUUAACAAUAUUUCUUAAAUUAAAAUAUAAUUUAUUAUACAUUAGGGUGAAAUGAGGUAAUUGUAAAUUUAGGCAAUCGUAAACAAAAUUAAAAUCAUAUAAAAUAACGUUAUCAUUUUUUUACAUUUUAUCACAACCGUAUGAAGGUAUAAACGUAUUUUGAUAUUAUACACUAGUUUUAAACACAAAAAUAGAACAAUUGUAAAUAUGUGCAUAAUUCACACUUGAGACUCUUAAAAUGAUUAUUUCAUAUAGCCCCAGUUACAAUUACAUAAUAUUCAAUGCGUUCAAUUUUGUUCAUUUACAAUUAAUUAAAAAAAUUAAAAAUACAUUUUCUGCAGUUUUUCAUGUGAAAUAUUAUUUUUUCAAGUACCAUUAUUGUAAGCACAAAAACAAAGAACAAAAAUAUAAAACGAAUAGUAUUCAAUUUUCUUUAUAAUUUUGUAUUAUCUAUUUACAAUUUUCCACUUCAUCUCAUGUCCUAUAAUUAUUAAAUAUUAUAAUAUAAAGGUACGCGUGAAAUAAUAAUAUUAUUUCUAACAAAAUAUGUUAUCUCAGAAAACUAAAAAAAAAACCUAAUUUAUAUGUUAUAUAAUAUAAUAAAACUAAGCGCCCCGCAGUAACUAUCCGUUUUUAUCUAUAUAAAUAUUAAUGAGAUUUUAGGGUAUAAGGGUUGUGUGCGUACCUAAAUUCCUUAUUAUCGAAUACUCAUUUAUAAUCUAAAAACGAACAAGAUAACAUAACAUAUUGGUGUAGGAAUACAGGUUGCUACUAAAGGUUAUCGUUUAUUAUACACACGUGUAUAGUAUACACGUACGUCAAUUCGCAUAGAUACCUAUAUUCAAAAAUAUAUCUUAUAACAUUGGUAACAUAAACUUUAGAAGAUCAAUAGUGAAAUAUGCAAACAGAUUUUGUUAAUAUAGACAAGAAUAAUUAUUACAGGAUUGCACAUAACUUUAAAAUACAAUUAUGCCUAGUGCCUACACAUUAUCAUUACAUUUUUUAUAGAAAUACAAUAUUAUUAUUCUUAAAAAUUGUACUUACUAAAUACUCCUUAAUAACUAUUAUAUCAUAUUUUUAUUUGUUUAUCUAACUUCUUGAUUAUAAUAUAAUGAGUAUAGUAUAAUAUAAUCAAAAAGUUAGUUAUGCAAUCGAUUUCAUCUGUUUAAUCUUAAUUUAAUUGAUUAUUUUGCAUUCUUAAAAUUUAAAUAAUCUGCGAAUAUUAAAUAAAUUUAAAACAGACUUAUUGGUUUGACCUACCUUGUAUUAUGCAUAUCACAAAAUAUUUUGUUUCAUAUUCAAAUAAAGAAAAUAAUUACGUAAUUAAUGUUCAGUUUUUCACUAAAUUAAUUUUAUAAUACAUGCAUGUACCUACGAUUUUUUGUAUUUCAAAGCACGUUUAUUUAUCAUCACACCAUCGCAAAAAGUUUUUUAAAGCAUUGAAAUUCAGCUCAUGGUGAAAUAAAGUUUGAAAUAUACAUACGUGUUAUAUUUUAUAAUUUUGCACACGAUUAUUGCCCACUGCGUUAUCUACCUCCGGGUAAAAAUAAUUGUGUGUGCCAAUUUAACGAAUUCGAAAUGUUUAAAUAAUUAAAAACGUGUUUGUGUAGCCAUGUAAGUGUUAAUUUUUUAUUUUACUUCAAUUUUUAAUUCAAAUAUAGCCUAUAAAAUAUAACUAAAUAAUAAUUAUAAAACAAAUAUUUUCAACUGCAAAUUGAUAGGCUAACCUAAUACAAAAUACUUUUGAAUUCAAAAAACCAGUCUAUUGUUUACUUACUGCGUAGUUUAAUGAUACUCUACGGAAUUUCAAUCCAACAACCCUUAUACAACAACAGCAUCGAAUGACGAUCAUUUUUUUUAUCUGUUAUUUUAUUAGGUACCUACACAUAUCCCUCUCGCCAAGAUCUUAUCGUUUGAGUUAUUGUUUUUUUUUUUUCCUAUCUUGGUAUUUUUUUCUCCAAAUCACGUAUCAUUUCAAGUUAUACGAACAAUUAAUAUUUCUUUUGAGUCAGAAGAGAAUAAUUUUCUUAUCUUUAUCUUGUUAUAAAUCCCAUCUAUACAAUUAUUGCGUUUUAAAACGAAUACGCCAGUAAAAUCUAUCUAUACCCUUGAUAAAACGAGCAUUUAAUUGGUUCCAAAAUUGAAUUUGACACGUAGUUAAAUUUCUAUGACUUAAUAAAUUUACUUUGGUCUUAAGGAGUACCAAUUUAGACAGUUUUCAUUAUACACACGUGAAAACACUAACAUUUUAAUCUGGCCAAAAUAAGAAGAAAUUUUAGUAAUGUAGGCACUACGAUUCGUAAAACACAUGAAACGAUUACCUAGGUGUUUUCUUAUAUGUCUCCCCUGGAAAGAUAGUAGCAUAUUGACAAUAUUUUUGAAGAACCACGACUUUAUUAUAAUUCAUAUAUUAUGUAAAAAUUAACAACAUGAAAAAUUAUUGAAUAUUUUAAAUAUAAAAAUUCAAUGAAAAAGAAAUUUUAAUACGUCAAUAUACAUCAGAAUCAUUAUAUUAUUUCAUUAUUAUUAACUUUUUUUAGAUUCUGAGUGGAUCGAGGAAUGUAUUGGUUUUACAAUGAUGUUUAUUUUUUUAUUUUAUUUUUUUUAAUGUGAACACUUUUUCUACCAGAAAACAUACUCCGAUUAUCUAAUAUAGCACCUUUUCUGAAAGGAAAUUUUCUAUAGGUGGUACUUUAGAGAGAUCAUUUUUUGAAAUUCUCAUUAAUAUUCAAGAUAAUGAGGAAAACCUUAGUCUUUAGGUUAAAAAAGAUUGAAAGAUUAAAAAUAAGGUUUUCAUUGGCAACCGUUUUUAUUUAUUUCUUGUUAUUAUUAACAAUGUUUUAAUCAUUACCAUAAUAAUCAUUACUGUUAACAAUAAUAUGACAUAAUACCAUUUAUUGUAUUGUUGACAAAGCAACAUAAUAAAUUGAACUGAACUCAGCUCAGAAUCGUUUUUCCGUUAGCAGUGUUUUAUCGUUGCUUACAGAUAUACAUUAAAUUCCCGUUCAUAGCCUACCUUCCCAACUUUCCAUCUACAAUGCACCCACGUGCGAAGUAUGUCCGUCCUUUUUUCAUUAUUAUUUUAUACCCAUCAUAUUAUAAUAUAGCCAGUAUAGGCCACCGCCUCUGGGGAAAUGCUUUUAAGAAAUAAAUAAAUAUACGUAGGUAUAUGUUAAGUAUACAGAUAUUGAUAGAUUUCGGUAUUAGGUGUAUUCAAAUAAAAUGAUUAAGGUGAGUGGUAUACAAAAAUCGUUGCACCUCAAGUAACAUAGUUCAACAAGCCACUGUCUCCAACGCUUACUGAUGUUUAAAAAAAAACGGUUAAACAUUGACAUUCAACAAACCUAAUUAUAGUUUGGAUAAUCGAUAAUCUAUAUGGAAACACAUGUCGCAUAGUAUGUGUCUAUCGCCAGACGAUAACUAUUAUAAUGACAUAUUUAAUUAUGAUGAAUUGAAUUUUAAUAUCAUAUAAAAAAAAAUAAAAAUGCAUUCUUUGUAAAUAACCCAUAUAAUUUAUCAUAUAUUUUUUAAUUAGUACAUAUCAUAAUUAAUAGUAAUUUAUAUAAAUAUUAGUAUUAUACGAUUCAUUAUAGUAUUAUUAAAAGGGUGUGGUAUUUUUUAGAGCGUAUAAAAAUAGUGUUUAUCAUAUUCUCGUAUAAGUAAAAUUAACUAACCGUGUCGGCUAAAAUUCCAGAGUUAACCGUGUAUCAAUUAAAAACAAUUAUAGUACGUCGUGGAUAUAACACAAAAAAAAUAAAUAAAAUAAAAAUGUAAAAAAAUAAAAAAUAAUAUUAAUUAGGUGAACGCUAUUCAGUGACUUUAUUAUUUUAUGAUUUAUAAAUAAAUGAUAAUUCCUAAAUUAAAAUUAUUAUGUAGAGGUACUAUGCAGUGGUGGCGCGAAAGAAGUAUAUUUGAAUCAUGUGAUUCACAAAAAACAGGAUGGGUGAGUCGUAGGUGCCUGGGUGUUCAGAAAUAUAACAACAAUUAUUAUGUUUUUACAAAACAAGUCAUUAAAAAAAUUUUAGACUGCGGAAAUUGGAUAAAUUUGUAGUAGGGUGAUGGUAUUUUUGAAUUGGAGUGGGUAGGUGGUUGAAAAAUUAAAUUGGUGAUUCAAAGUAAAAAUACUUCGUGCCUCCAUUGGUACUAUAUAUAUUUCAAUGAAAAAUAUGUUUUAUAUUAACUCAUUUGGCUACUGGACUGAUUAAUUUUUGAAGUUUUUGUCUUUUUGUAUGUUUUGUAUAAAUCAUAAUAAAACCCAAAAAGGCACUUUCUUAAUAAUAAAAUUGCAUCUCCUGGUUUCAUUUGGAGAAUCUAUAUAAAACUAAAAAACAUCAUCCAACCGGAACAAUAUGGUUAAAUUCAUAUUGAAAUUCAAUCAACAUUGUAUCACUUCAAUCCGUUUAUAAAACAACUCUAAUUCCUUAGUUUGAGCUCAUUUUGUUCAGAGGGAGCCACUAAAAGUAGUAGGAAAUUAUUUAUAUAAUACACAAUGUGAUACAUAGAUUAACUAUAUUAAGGACGUGACUACGUGAGUCAUCUGGCAAUCAUUAUCGAUUAUAAGUAUACUUUAGUUCUUACGCAGUCAAUGUGCAUACAAGUCGAUAAUAUGCCGAAUAUGGAUUACGUUCUCAAAAUUAUUUAAAUUAUUAACUAUAUGGCUUUUUUCGAUUUGGUAUAAAACAGUUUAGCUUCGAAUGAUUUAUUGAAUAAUUUCAAUUAUUGGUAUUUUUUUAAACUAACAGUGCAAAAAUAAUAAUACAUAUUACAAAAUUGUGUGAUUUUCGUCAAUGUUAUAUAUAGCUGGUAGUUUUUAUUUUUUGUUACUCUCAUUGAAAAUCUAUUAGAGAUAUUGAAUAAUUACGCAAUCAAUAAUUUACCUACCAAACAGUUUAAAUUUCUACCAACCAUGUGCUGUGCGGAACUUUUGUUAUAUUUUUAUUAGUCAAGUAGCCCGAAAAAGACACUUUUCAGUAAACUUUUUGUUUCCGUGUCAAUACGGUUUUCCACCGGUUAUCAGUGUACCCACUAAAACAAUUCAUUGACAGGUGUGUAUAUUGUGUAUUAUAUAUUAUACUCUGUUUUGGAAAGGUGCGGUUUGAUAAUUUGGUCAAAUGUAACACGUCAUAUUAUUACUAUUACACGUUAACCGUUAUAAAUAUUAUGAUGACGUACCCGUGUAAAGGAGAAUAACUUGUAAUUGAUUGGAUCCAGACGAUUGUAAAGCACGAGAUCAAAAAUAUACGGAUGGUCCAAGGACAAUUUUUCUAUAAUAUACAUGAAAAAAUUAAUUAUAUUAAAAUAUAUGAAAAUUCGAAUGUUUGUAUACGACUAAUAUCAAAUUCGCAAUUUUGUAUGCCUAUAAUAAUACAACUAUAAAUAUUCAAAGAUUAUAUUUUAUUUGUAUAAAUAUCGAAGUGAUAUUAACGACUUUCACUAUAAAAUAAAAAAGAUACAAUUAACCUUGCUCAGCCGUCUAAUUAUAAUUACUCAUUUUCUUUUUGAGAUUUUCAUAAAAAUGAUAAAUUAAUUUUUAUAGGCACUAUGUUUGGAAAAGCAUCAAUAGACCAUCUAUACCAUUAAUAUACUUCUUAUGUUUAUAAUUAACGAUGGUAGUCGGUUUUUUUUUUAUAAUUCAGCUACAUAUUAUAUCAUAAUAGUAUUUAUUGUGGACAAUUAUACAUGCAGUUAGGUAUAUAUCAUUAAACAAAUAAUGAUUGAAUUAUAAAAAAAAAAUAAAAGAAAUACGAGGAAGGAAAUCGCCGUUGACCGAAUAAUAAAAUAAAAUAAUGUUAAUGAAACCGCUCUGUAAUAAAAUAGAAAAUGUUAUACUUUGAAAGUGUCGCCAAUAAUUUAGUAGUUAAUAAAGUACGAGUAUUAUUCAAAUUAACCUAUAUGUGUUAGUACAUCAGAUAUGGUUUACACAUCGGAUAUCCUACAUAAUACACGUGUAGGACUGUGGGCAUGUUGCGUUACUCAAAUACAACGAAGUCACUAUUAUUGUUUUAAAACUUUAUUUUAAAUAUUACAGUUCUACAAUAAUAAUUACAUAGAUGCCCAAAUGAUAAAAACAAAAAUGUUUUUACGAAUAUAAUAUGGAAAUAUAAUGGUUGUCAUAUCAUUACACUCAGGCCGUUUAGGGUAAAACUAACAAUAAUGAGGAAGAGAAAACUGAGAAGCCAUUUUAUACCGAAGGAAGUUUUAGUUGUAACUAAUAUAAUUCUCUCUGUUUCUCAGUAAAUAACUUUUUUCUAAAAUGUUGAUAUUUUGCUUUGUGGAAAUUACUUGUGUAUUAAAAUAAAAUGACCACAUCAUUUGUAUUUUCCGAAAAAACUGUUGGUAAACCGAAGCCAAAUAAACUAUAACGGAAAUCAUUAUUUUUUUCAUUUUUUAAAAAUUUAAGAUGUGCAGCCAAUUUUUAAUCGUUAUUUUGUUUUCAUAUUCAAGCAAGUUAUUCUUAUAACGAGGGACGAGGGGCAAUUGAUUUUGAAUCGUGGUUUUAAUUGAUAAUUUAAUGAAAAUCGGAAAAAAAAUGUAUUAUUUGAGUUAAUUGAACAAUGGAAACAUUGCGCCAAACGUAAACAUAAUAUAUAUCUCAAUAUAAUAAAAUAGUAAAAUAGAUAAUAAUUAUUAUUAAAAUUUGAAAAUACACGUACACGUGUAAAUAGAUACCUACUUAACACCAAUAAUUUAAUAAUUCUUUAUGAAUUAAUAUUUUAAGUUAGGUAACGUUUAUAAGGAAAACAUUUUGAAACAUAAUUUAUGUGACUUUUAAAGAUAAAAGCUAUUUUUAAAAAUCACAUUUAAAAAAAAGUCAAUAGAUAAGAGUUAUUUACUACAGGAACAAACAUGAGGUACCCUGUAUAAAUAUAAUAAGAUUUUUAUUUAAACUCGUGAACCUGCAUGACAAUCGUUUAUUUUUUUUUGACCGAUCGAACGAUACCCUUGACCUCGAUACGGAUGCCGCAUCCGUAUAGCUUGUGGUAUUCUUACUAUUUUCAUUCUCCUCAAACCUUUGAUUACUUUAAUAACAAUAUCAUAUCGUAUUGAAUCUCUUGAAAACAGUUCAUCUACAAAUCAAACAUGAAUUUUUUUUUAAAUGAUGCUAAAUACUAAGAAAAAAAAAUGUAUACAAUGCCUAUUGAGAUUUUAAAAUUACUACAGUUUUCUUUAAUUUCUUGCUCUUAUAAUUAAGUAUAAGCACUUAUUAAUUUAAAUAAAACAUACUAAACAAACUUUCACAAUUUUAUACGCAUUUAUAUUACUUACUAACAAACAACGCAGAUUAUCAUAUACCUACCUAUACACGAGAAAAUAAAAGGCACACUUGCUCAUAAUAAUAAUAAUAAUAAUAAUAUUAUGUAUCACUACCAUCACCAGUUAGGUAUACACAAAGAAUUAAUAUAAAGAAAGAGUGAAACUUGAAAGACAUGAAAAUUGAUAGUUUUAUAUCGAAGGAUUUCAUGUAGGUAGGCGUACUUAUAAAAUGAAGCCGGCGAGAUCAUUACGAAUUGUUUGUUUUCGAUUUUAAAUGAUUAUAGUGCCGUGAAGAAAAAAGAGAAACAUAGAUAUGUAUAUUCUUACACGUGUCUUAAUGAUAACAGGAGAAAAUAUAGAAAAGUCGUACUCGUAUAUUAUGUAUAAUACAAUGACCUUACUCCUUUAGGUUAUUUUAUAUAGUCCGGUCAUACAUAUUUAUUAUUUAUACUACGGUAGAAAUAAAUUGUUUGUUAUUGAAUAUCGCUUGUGAGUAAUAACAAUAUGUCAUCAACAAUCGCGAUGUCAAUAUAAUAUUAUAUGAUUAUGACCAUAAGGAUAGAACUGGUUUAACAAGUUAUAAGUAUACACAGUAAGGAUUUGAACUAAAUUAACUCGCAGGUUAUGUGUCCCAAAAUCAAACGUAUAUACAAUUUGUAUUGUGUAGGUUUCGAUCUACAAUUUAACACUAAAUUAUGCAAGUUAUCUUGUCAAAUUUUUGAUAUUCCGGGCGGAGCUAAUCAGAUGCAUUAACCGAUUAUCAUAAACAUAGGCGUACCUGUAGAGGAGGGCGAGGGGCCCACCCGUGAGCCGUAUAAUUAUAUGAGUGACUUAUUAUUUGUUUUUAGUGUGAUUACAAUUAUUUUGAAAUUUUUUUUCGUGAAAUACUUAGCUAAUAAUAUAAUAACAUGGUUAAAUCCAUAGAUAUUAAAAUAUUUUUGUUAUCUAUGGUCGAACAAGGUCAAGAUGUGUGGUGUUAUCAUUUAAUUUUGGCAAUUUGACCGUGGUCUCUAACAUAGAUUUCUAGUUACAAAAUAAGGCCCGUUCUCACCAACGUAAACGUUGAUUUUUAAACGGAGUUUAUAAGAUAAUCGACCAAUCAUGGUCGGUUAUGAGCCAAAAACUGUUUAAAAAUCAGAUAAACGCCUUUUUUUUUCGUUGUUGAGAACGGCCCUAAAUGUGCCAGAUUCGCUUAUGUGGGCUUGCACUGUUGUAUAUUUACCAGAAAUUGAGUAAAUAAGUUGAAAGAUUAUCUUCUAUAAAAAACCGGAGGUUAGACUUUGUAUUUCACAUUUAUAACAUGCGUUAUAAAAUUAUAUUUAAUUAAAUAAAAAUGUCUUAUUUUAUGUAUUAAAAUCUUAUAUUUUAUAAAUAUAAAAGAGCCCAAUUACCAUGUCUAUUAAUACAAUAAUUUUUGUAGCUGUAACAUUACUUUUUUAAGGAAUUUUGUAUUUUAAUAGUGGGUAAAAAUAUAUUUCACUCACCCCCCCCCCCCAUUAGAAAAGCCUAAGUACGCCAUUGAUCAAAAAUGUUUCCGAUCUUUUUCUUUUUAACUUAAAAAAUGAACUGUUAAAAAAAUAAUAACAGUAAUAUUAUAAUGUCAUUAGUCAUUACAUUUAUACAAGAAUAAAAUACAAUUUUAACGACAGAAGUGUACGACGAUUCAUAUUUCACUGCUUAUUUAUUAUAAUUUUGUAUUUUUGCAGAUUUGAAGUAAUAAUAUCUAAAUACAUUUAAGACGUAUACAGUUCUACACCCGAUAAAAACGAAAAAGUAAUAGAUUCUUAGUGAUCUCUAACAAGACUUUUAUACAUAAAGAUUAAACAAUUAUUUUAUAACUACAAUUCAAAACGAAAUUACAAUGGGUAUUGAGUAGACACAAUGUGAUUUAACUGGUUUUUGCACCAAUCGACACAGAAUUUAUAAAAACAAAACUAAAAAUUUGACCUACGGUAUAUUUUAUAGUUGAUACACCUACUUUUAAAUAUAAGUUGUGAAUUUUAUUUAGUUUUAAAUUAUAUAAUAGCCAAUUUGGUUCCUACAAAAUAGUUGGGGUACCUAUUUUUGAAAAUUAAUUUGAAUAUUCGGCCAUUUUAUUUCUAUUUUGAUGAGCCUUAUCUAUACACAAACUAUGUAAGCUAUCAUCACUUUGAAUUAUGUAGCUAAUUAAAAUUUAAUUAGUCAAUUUCUAAGCAAUUUCAAAAUUUGUAAAAAAAAAAAAUUAAUUAUUUAUCAUUUUAAUACGUGUUUUUUUUUUAGAUUCUGAGCGAGGAAUGUAUUGGUUCUACAAUGAUGUUUAUUUUAAAAAAAUUUUUUUCUAUGGACAACUUUUCUACCAGAAACUUCACUCUAAUUUUCAUGUGUAGCACUUUUUCUGAAAGAAAAUUUGACUAGGGCGUUACUUUAUGAAGGUCAUUUUUUUAUUUUCCCAAGAAUUUUCAUAAUAAAUGGGAAAAAACGUAGGAAAAACAGAACAAUUUACAAAAUAUAUUAUUUUGAAAUCGUAAAUAUUACGGUCUUUUAAAACAUGUACAACCGAACUCCGUUUAGAAUCGUUUUACGUUAGUAAUGAUUAAUCAUUAAAUUUCCCCUCUACUUUCCCAACUUCUCACCAACAACAGUAGCUCAUCCAUCAUGCGAUGUCCAUAUGGCCCUUUGUUUUGUUUAUUUAGGUUAAACAAAAAUAAGAUAAUUUAGUUAACUAUAAUUUACAACUAGUAUACAAUGCUAAUUUUUUUGACCUUAUAGUUUUUAUUAUAAUAGCUGAGCUUUUAAAAAUUUCGUGAUAGCAUCUUAUAUUUUUAUACCAUCUAAGAUUUUUCAAACCACGACGAAUGUACGGCGGACGUAUGGUGAAUUACAUCCAAAUUUUAGUUUUACUACUAUAAAUUAGUUUAUAAAAAGAUCAAUUCGAUCCAAAGAAAAAAUGACCAAUGUCCAUCAUCAUUUCUUUUCACUUAAAUAUAUCAUUGACUCAUAAUAUAUAUUGUAUCAUAAAUAUAUACAAUAUAAACCUAACCGUAUCUGUAUUACUAUUAAACUACUUUAAACGAAUUUACCCGUAUAACCAUAUUCACCCGUUGUCCGAUGACUAUACAAUUAAAAAAAACUUAACAAAAGCGACUAUAUAUAAAUUAUCGCGUCUACAUAGUUCAGUUUAGACGAACAAUAUAUUUCAAUAAAUAAAUUAUGAUAUAAUAAGACCAUCAGAAAACGUCAUCGUAUGCGUGGGAGGGCAGUGACGUCGUUUGAUUUAGGCAACUUAUGCAUUAGUCGGAAUCGACAAUUUUGAUUCUUAAAUCAGCUGCGAUAAACUAAAUUGUACGUAGGGUUUCUUUUUAGGUUUAACUGUUUGACAAUUUUCCAUAGCUGAAAAAGUAUAAUUCUCUUUUAACACUACCAAGGCAGCAUGAACGGGGUAAGAUUGAAGCAACUGCGUCACGUAGGUGGUCAAUUAUUAUUAAAAUAUGCCUAUUUUUAAUACCUCAACUUUUUUUAAAUAAAAUAGUGGGUGGGUAGAUGUUUAAAAAGUACUGUGUCAUUAAAAUAAAAAAAGUUCACGCCACUAUUAGACUAGUCGACAAUAUUUCUCCGAUAAUUUAAUAAUAAUAUAAAAACAGUAAUUAUAUGAAAUACAUUUUUUUUUUCAUUCAAUAUAAAAUAUUUUAAUAUUCUCUUUGAUAUUAACUACUAUAACUCAUAAAAAAAAAAAUCUUACAUCGAUUAUUAAACUUGUUCUGUAAAGGACAGUAUAACACAUAAUUGAUAUCACCUUGACUUGUUCUAAUUUUCUACGGGAAGAAUUUAAAUAAACAACUAUUUUGACUGCACAAAAAAAAAAUUGUAAUAUUAUAUAUUGCGUUAAUACUUGCCACUUAUCUUAUGCAAAAAUUAUCUUCUGUGUAUUCAGUUCAUCAGUUGUUUAGUUGAUUGCCUAAUAUUCAUUUAAAAAGUAAAAUGUCAUUGAAGUAAGAAGUUUUACUAUCUAAUCAAUAAUCAUGUUUACCGUAAUUUGAGCUACUGGUUUGAACCCUAUAGCAUGGUUACAUUUAAUCAAAUAAUUUUAUAUUAAUAAUAUUUCCCAUAUAAUAAAAAAGUACUUACUUAUAUACAAAGUGAUUCAGCGUAUGACUUGUUUGUAUUUUUUCAGGGAGGCAAGAUAAAAAUAACAAUUAAAUGUUUACAAAAUAUUUAAAUAAAAAAUUGGCGGUUUAAUUAUGUAUUUAAUUGUUGUUAAUUGUUCAAUGUUAGUUUGUUUUCUAUGAUUUAUGGGAGUUUAUGCAAAUUUUAAUUGAUCUAGCAUGUUCGUUGCAAUUAAAAUACAUAUUGUUAUUAUGAUAACCACUAAUUCUAUGGGUGAAAAAACUUAACAAUAUUAUUAGGCAACAAAAAACUUGAACAUACUGAAUAGAAUUAGGAAUCGUUAUGUAAAGAUUAAAAAUAAAAUAAAACUGAAUAGGAUUUUAUUAGGUACCUAUAACUAGAACUAAUUUUAUUUUAGACAUCUUUUGCCUAUAAAAUAAAUUUCAAACCAUCACACACAUUUUAUUACGUACAAAAAAUAGUUAUCCAUCUUCACACAUAAUAAUAUUUGUUAAUAUAAAAAUAACAUCUAUAUUCGUAUUAUAAAAAAAUACUUUGAGCAGUAGAACUCCAUCACUAGAAUCAAAUUUCCUCCUGGCCGAAUUUUUGCAGUUACAAUAUUUCAUUUUUUUUUUUUUUUUUAUAAUUGACUUAAAAUAGUUAUGGUUGCCACAGGUUUAUUAUAUUUUAGUCUGUAGGGGUAUUUAAAAUCCGGUAUUUCCUUUGGAAACCUAAAAUUUUAGCAUAAAAAUAAUUGCCGGAGUGUUAAAAGUUGAAACUACUAAAAUGCUCAUCAUUGAUACUCCAUUAAGCAUAUAAUAUUAUCCUCAUGACUUCAUUAGGGGGUACAUAGGGGUGUACAAAGCUAAUAAAACACCUAUCAUCUGCAACAGCAUGAUGUAAUUCAUACUAAAAUUCAACCAAAACGUUAUCACCCCAAUGCAUUUAUAAAAAAAAAAUCCUCUUAAUUCUCGAGCUUGAACUCAUUUGAUCCAGAGACAGCCGCUGCCUCUCUGCUAUCGGAGAAACGAUAUACAUAAUAGACACAAUACAUUUCAAUAGUCUCUAUUCUUAUAAAUAAUAAAAAGUUUUAAAAUUGUACAAUGAUUUGUUGACUAAAUAAAUCAAUAUUCCAACUGUUUUCAAUGACUGCAAACAGUGCAGGCGACAGCUAAUGUCAACAUAUAUAUAUAUAAAAAAAAAGUAAGUGUUAGAUACAUGUUCAAUUGUUGAUUUAGUGUGAUGACUAGAAAUCAAUAACACACACUAUUAUUGUAUAAUAUACCUCAUACCUAUUAUGUAUUUUGCUGAUGUUAUAUUACUAUCUACAGUCGACUUGUACUAUUAUAAAUAUAUAGGUACAUACAAAAUAUUCAAAAAAAGAAGUCUUUCAUUUUUUCUAUUCUAAACACCUUAUUAUAAUUUACCGUUAUAAUUUUUCUACAUUGGGAUACUAUAUCUUAAUAUAUAAAACGGUAAGUCAGUGGAUCUUUGUCAAACAUUGAAUAUUUUUAAUUUAAACUGCGGUCAUGUUAAAAAAUAAAUGAACAUAAUAUUAUAAUAAAUCCUAAAUAAUGUUUAGCUAUCUAUGUUAUAGACAAUAGAAAUAUUAUCGGAUCAUCAAUCAUAAUUUUAUAAUUAUACGAGUGUAUGUAGUAUAUAAAAAACAAAUUCAUUAAGAAUGAAUGUUUUGCUAUCAUAUCCUAUAUAGUAUAAGCAUCAUAUCCGCCAUCCACGUAUAGGAUAUGUGAUCCGUUCAUUGACGAAACAAUGAAAUAUCCCGAUACAUAAUUAUGUGCUUAAUGUACAAAAAUAUUAACAAUUGUUCACGAGUUUCGAUAUAGAACACGAUGCUAGGUAUAUUCCCUAUAUAUGAAGACCGAAAUUCGAUACACUCUUUAUGUUAAAAAAAUAAAACACUUCUCCCGAUCAGCUAAAUAAUUUACAAUAUUAAUAUUAUAUAGUUCUAAAUUUUAUAUUAGUGUAACCGUCUCGCAAAAAUGAAUCAUAUUACAUACCUAACCUUUACAUAAGUUCGAAUUUUUAGCCAGCUGUAUAACGUGUGUGAAAUUACGCUCCCCCCACUUUGAACUUUCAACUCUAAACCAAUACCAAUAUUUUGUAACUCAUUUGUAAGUAUUUGAAACUCAGUUUUCAGAAUCUCUGUAUUUUGGCCGCUAUCAAAGUUUUUGUGAUGGGGGACUAACUUCACGUUAGCCCCACAUUUAGUCCACCUUCGGCGGACUAAAUGUGUUCUUUUGUAAAAUUUUAAUAGUGUAAGUAAUUGUAAUCAUAAUAAUUUUAAUAGAUUUUUUUUCUGUAACAACCCUUGAAUAAACAAAAAUAAAUAAAUAGACAAUUAGAUAUUCGUACCUAAUAUACCUAAUAACCCCUAUAAUUUUAAAAUAUAGUAAAGUAGUUCUCGAGAUUUUCGCUAACAUACAAAUAGACGGUGGGGAUCGGGAAUUUAAAUUUUAAACUUUCUCAUGGCACAUCCUCGACAGCAAUUAUAUUUAUGUAUGCCGACUACAUUUUAACAGAGUUACUUAUUUCUAAAUUAUUUAAAACCCGGUAUUUCUUAUGAAAACAUGAAAUUUGAAUAUACAAAUUAUUGCUGGGAAAAGGGAGGGGGGAUAAAGUUAAAACCAUCCAAAGGAAAAAUCAUUGAUACUUAUACCAUGCAUGUACAAAUUCAUUUCAGGGUCUGUAGAGGUGUAAAAAACUAUAAAACAAAACCCCCGUCUUCAAAACACACGGUGAAGUUCAUAUCUAAAUUCAACCAAAAUGUUAGUUAUUCAGUUCACCGACAAAAAAAUUCUGGUUCCAGAAUUUGAGCGCAUUUCGUCCAGGAGUCACUAAAAAUGUCUAAAAGAACCAUACAAAUGGAUUUAUAAUUAUAUAGCAGUAACAGUCACAUUACAGUGCAUUAGUAUCUAUUUUUGGGAAAAUAUCAACAAAAAAAUAUAUUAUGAUUCUAUACGCCGUUAUGGAUUGUAAUAAUGUUUGAAAUUCAAACGAAAUUUACUCAAAUGUUCGUGUAGAUUAUGUGUGGUUCAUGUUAAAAUAACCAUCCUGUAUAAUAACUAUCAACUAUUUACGUAAACUAUUAUCUCUAAUCAUGAAUUGUUAUAUUUGUUUGCUUUAGAUUCUCGACAUAUUAUGCUGUUCAGGUUGCUAACAACAUGGUUACGUCAGAUAGUAACGUUCAUUACUGUGUGUGCAGUCUUCACAGCAGGUAACGACAAUAAUAAUAAAUUAAGAAGAGUACCAGACAAAUGCAAUUUAUAAUACAUACACAAAUAUUAACAUGAUGCUCACCACUCUAUAGUCUAUUUUCUUCGCAAUAAAUUAUCAUACAAUUUCAAUAGAACUAUAGAAAAAUCCACUUCCAAUUAUUAGCAAUAAUUAUUAUUCCGAUUACAAUUUAUUAUCUUAUAUAAUAACACAAAUUUUCUUACUAUAUUUAACGCAUACAUAGCCAGAAAUGUUUAUCAAACAAAGUUUGAUUUCUCGUAUGAAAUAUUAUGAGAAUAAAAAACAUCAGCACCUUGUCAAUCAAGUUUAAUACUUAUUUCAGAUGGACAAAUUCAGAUUAGUUUAGGUUUUCAUUGGAUUGCAAAUAUUGCCAUUGUCCGAUUUAAAUAAUUUUUACAAAUAGAUUUUAUAUUGGUUUUUUAAACUAUUAUUAUUAUUUAAGAAAUACAAGCAAAAAAAAAUAAAAGAAUAAAUAUUUGUUAAAAAUAUAAACAAUAAACGCUAAACUUUCACUUCAAUAAUAUUGUAAUUUAAGAUAAAAUAAUAAUAAGAUAAAUAGAGAGCACAUUGUGUCAGUAUAGUGAACAUUUUUCAAAUCACUUAAAAUACGUUUCGUAAUUUCGAAAAAAAAAAAAUCUACAACUUACAGCACAUUUUUAGUUAAGACAUUGGGUAUUUAGAUGAUAUUAAAAUAUCACUAUGGAAUUUGAAAAGGGUAACACCAAAUAAUUAAUAUUUAAUAAUAUAUAGGAAUAAUGGAAUGUAGCACGGUAUGUAAACAUUUGAAAUUAACCUGACAAACUUUUAAAAAUUAAUGUUACUCUGAAAAUCUCUGUCUAAAAAAUGAUGGUGUCUGCAUUGUGUACGAACUUCCGAAAAUGAUUUUGUCGUUUAAUAAUCUGUAUAAGGGGUUUUGUAUAAGCAAUUUCAACGACAUUUCGAAAAACGUCAAAAAUCAUUUUGUGAAACCGUUAAUAACGAAAAGCGAGAAUAGUUAAAAUUUACAUACAAUUCUUAAUUUAUUGCUUUUCAACUAAAAUAUUUUAAAAUAAUUGUACAUAGAAAAUUGACUAUAAGCUGUAAUGAAUAUUAAUAUUCACAUUUUUUUUUUUUUUGUUCACUAAAGAAUUCACCGUAAACAAUAAAAUACAUUUUGUUCAAAUCAUCAUAUUUAAAUAUAUUUAUACUUUGUUCGCAAAAAUAUCGUCGACAACAUUAUAAUUUAUAAUUUUACAUGUGAAAAAUAUACUCGUUAAUAGAUUUACACUCCCGAUAUUUAAGGCGUCACGUAUAGGCAAUUUAAACAUAAUUUUUGAAAAAAUUUAAAUUGAUUGGCUCACAAAUAUUUUAAUUCACUUUGAAACAGAUUUACAAGUAUUCCGAUGCCAUAAUCAAAAGUAGUUCUUAUCGAGCAAUCGUUGUGAGAGAUGCUUUUAUCGUAGUGCGUCGCAUGCAUAGACUAUAAUAUAUAGACCGCUCAUCAGUGAAAUAUAUUGAAGCCAACAUAUGUGCAAGAGAGACAGACUCUGGUGUUACUUUUUCAAGGAGUAUAAACAAUUUUAUAAUAUUUAAUUGAUUACUAUAGUGCUAUCAUCAGUACAUUAUAAAAUUCAAAAUUUUAAUUAUUUUUAAUAUUAUUAUUUUCGUUAUUCUUAUUUUGUAAUAUAAAUAUUUAAAAUCUCAAAGAUUAUUGUUUAAACUUUUUAUGAAUUCCUUGGAAAAGUAACGUCAAAGUCUGUCACUCUCGCACAUAUGGUGGCCUCAAAGUGUUUAAACCACAUAAUCGAAAUACGCGGUCUAUAUAUUAUAAGUCUAUGGUCACAUGCGUUUUGAUUGUACUACAGAUAUAUAAAAUGUUGUUUGAUAUAUCUAUGGCUUAUACCGAGUUAGUGCCGUCUUUAUCUUUACUUAUAAAUACUUUUGAUAUCAAACCAUGCCGUGCGGUAAGUGCAAUAGUAAUGUUUCUCCCGGAGACCGGUAGUUGUUCGAAAAAUGAUAAGAGCCCUCGAGUACAAUAAUUUUGAAAUGUUGCCAUCACCAACAUAAUAUUUUUUAUUUUUAAUAUAAAAUAAUUUGAUAUUUUAAAUAUGUGUUCACUGAUUUCAUUAUUUAUACAUGCUAUUUCAUGCUAUUGUCUUAUAAGUUAUAGAAAAACCUUAGAAUUUAUAAACUUUAAACUUUAUUUAAUCUGUCCCUAAAGAGUUACUGUUAGGUUAAGUUAAAUAAAUUUAAAUUUAUUUACCUCUUGAAGCUAAGUUUGUUUUGGGGUAAAUUAGUAAUCAUAAAUUGCAAAUGUUUUAAAUAACAUCAAGCUAUAUACUAAAUCUUUAAAUAAAUUAUAAAAUAUAUCAUUCUUCCGAUAUAUGGGGAUUAACAAAUUUUGUCUUUUAUUUUAGUUACAUAAUUGUUAUAAAUUUAAUUUUUAUAAUUAUUUUAACAAAUAUUUUAACUAGUUGUAUCUACAGUAAUUUAUUAUUUCUUUGUAAAAGAUCUUUCUCGGGAAAAUGUUUUCGGAAAAAAUUAAUUCAACCUACUCUACCAUUAAUAAUAAAACAAAUUACUUUAUAAGCAUAAUAGCAUUUAAUAGUUUAGUCUGAACAUGAAUACAAUAAAUUCAUAACAUUUUAAACAAUUGAAAUAUUUUAUUCUAUUACGUUGGUGUACAUAUAGGUGGUUAGUGAUAAAAAUAUCUUAUCAUUUUCGAACAACUAGCCAACACCCAAUGUCUCCAUCUAAAUUGCCUAUAUUUGCAGUUUGUAUAAAUUGUGGUUAAAAUUUCCAUUCAGUGUGUACUUCAUUGAAAACUAUAAGGCCGUUAAAGAUUUUGGAUUGGCGAACCGUGUAAUGAGAAAUUGAAAGAAAAAGUUGUAUCAUGUAGGAAUUUAGAAAAAGUACUUAAUAACGAUGAUGGCAAUUAUGUAUAUGACUUUGAUUCAGUUAAAAUUGACUUAAAAAAAGUGAGUAAACAAAUUCAACCCAUCUCGUUCAACAUAAAAUCCAUAUCCUUCUGUUUUGAAUUAAUUGAUUAGUUUGGGUCUAAAUUAGAGUAUUUUAAUUAAAAUCUGUGAAAUGGAAAAUAAAAUGCAAGUUUAUGAAUUGCGUUGUAAUAAAUUGGAGAAAUAAUUAAACAUUCUUAAAAUUAUAAACAAUUAUUCUGAACAAUUGACAUAAGUCAAUAGUAUUGAAAUUACUGGAAUUCCAAAAAUUACCCAAUGAAAAUAUUACUAAAAUAGUAAACAUCAUUUCUAGAGUGCUAACCUGUUAAUUAAAUUGUAAAAACGUAAUUAAUUUCUCUGGAAGUAAAUCUCAUCAAAAUAGUAAUGGAAGAGGAGUUGUUCAAUUUAAUUUAAAAUUCAAAAUUCUGUUAAAAAUGCAGUUAUUAAUAGCAUAAAGUCUGGUUACAAAGGGAAAAAUCCUUUUAUGGCUAAGGAUAUUCAUUUAAGUUUUGGUAACUCUAGUGUAUUCAUUAAUGACCAACUUACUAAAAACAACAAAAAACUAUUAUGACUAAGAAAGUUGGAAAGUAUUAUAAUUAUAAAUGCACAUUGGCUAACAUGACUGAAGUAUUCAUUAGAAAACAAGGACCAAUUUUCAAAAUUCAAAAUUUAAAUGUUACGAAAAAUGGAUGUUGAAAAAAAAGAUAUUGGCGUUAUGAGAAUGCUAAUCAUAAAAUAAUUUUACAAUAAUGAAUAAUUAAUCCUUAGCACGAAUAUUCGUAGCAUUCAUUUCAAUUUUAAUGAACUAAUUAUUUUUUUAAGUAGUACAGAUUAAAUUUGAUAUAAACUGUUUGAAAGGUGGUCAAAAAAACAUAUUUUUAAUUUUCAUUUUGAUGGCUUUUCAAGUUUUAAUUAUUAUAAAAAAUUAAAUAAAUCUGAUGGUAUUAUGGUUUUUAUUAAAUACUCUUUAAAAGUUAAUUUGGUAAAUUUAGGAUUUAUUAGUGAUUGUAGCUCAUUAUACUUUAAUAUUUUAUGUAAUGAUUCUGUUCUGAAUUUAAUAUGUGUUCUUAAUAUGUGAUCUCCAAGUUUAUUUUAUGAAGAAUUUUUAGAUAACUUGGAAAUUGUUUUGGAUGGUAUUAUCAAUACUACUUCUUGAAUAUUCUAUGGUGAUAUAAAUAUUGAUUUAAAUGCAUUAAAUGCAAAGCUAAAAGAUAGAAGGAGUACUUCAUAGAUCUUCUAAAUGCGGAAAUACCAGUGAACCCGAUAGGAAAUGCACAAUAUCAGACAACGGAACCAAUGAUUAGUGAUAUAACAUUGGAGGAAAUCAAGAUGCUAUUAAUAGCCUAAAGAACUGGAAAGCUCCAGGAUUUGAUGAUAUACCGGCUGAGCUUAUCAAAUACGGUGGCGAAGAAAUGCACAAGAUUAUCUUCAAAAUAUGCCAAAAGACUUGGGAAGAAGAACAAAUGCCUGAAGACUGGAAAAAGGCAGCAAUUAUACCCAUUCACAAGAAAGGUGAUAAAACUGUAUGUGGAAAUUGCAGAAGAAUAUUGCUCCUAAACUCAGCAUAUAAAGUAUUCUCCAAAGUGCUACUGAACCGUACAAGUCCCUGUAUAGAAGAAAACCUGUGGGUGAAUUCACCCGUAGGUGAAUAUCAAUGUGGUUUUAGGAAGGGUAGGUCAACUAUUGAACAAAUUGCAAUUAUUGGUCAGAUCAUAGAAAAUAAAUAUGAAUUUCGACAAAACCUCUGGCAGAUAUUUAUAGACUUUAAAAAAGGCUAUGAUAGCGUUCAUCAAGAGAGUGUGUACAACGUAAUGACUGAAUUUGGAAUACCGAAGAAGCUAAGGAACUUAGUCAGGAUGUGUAUGGAAGGAACACAAUAUCAAAUCCGGGUAGAACAGACGUUUUUCGAAACAUUUACAGUAGAAACAGGGCUAAAACAAGGGCAUUAUCCCCACUAUUGUUUAAUCUAGCUCUAGAGAAAGCGGUCAGAGAGAUACAAAAAGAAACAACGGGUGUAGAAAUAAAUCAGCAAAAUAUUCAAAUCCUAGGUUUUGCUGAUGAUCUUAACAUCAUACGCAAUACUAUUGAUGACAUAGAAAAAGCAACGAGUUUUAGAAAAAUCAGCAGAUAAAAUAGGACUAAAAAUAAACAUCGAAAAGACGAAGAUCAUGGAGCUUUUAGAUAUGGAUGCAGAUGUAACGGUCCCUGACCCGGAUGACUGGAUAUAUGAAAAAGUUAACGAGUUUAAAUACCUUGGCAUAUGUGUAAAUACAAAGAAUGACUGAUCACAGGAGAUUGGGUUAAGGAUAAUGAAAGCAGGGAAGGCGUCCUUUGCAUUAUCCAAAUUUUUCCUCUCUUUUCAAACAAGGUAAUAAAAAAACUAUUUAAUUUUUCUUAACUUAACUAUACCUUAUCAAAAGUUCUAGAAACAUUUUUAAAAAAUUUCCUUGAAAAAACUUAUGCUUUUUCUAAAACCUAAUUUGAUUUCAGACAUAACAAAGAUACAUUGAUAGCCCUACAAACUCUUCAGUUGUAUACAUAAUAAAUCGAAUGAGAAUAACUCAGUUCUUCUAAUUUUCCUUGACGUAAAAAAAGCAAUUGAUUGUGUCGACUAUAACAUAUUAUUUUAUAAGCUAGAUAAGUACAAUAUUAUAGGGGUAGCAAACAAUUUAAUUAAAUGUUUUUUUAGGAAAUUGUACCAAACAGGUUCAUAUUAAUGAUGAUUUAAGUUACUUAUAUACCCUAAAUUAUGGUGUCCACAAGGUAGGUUUAGGCUUUUAGAGAAAAUCAUUUAAAUAUAUUUAAACUUUAUUUGUCUAAUAUGUAUAUUUCUUUAAAUGCAAACAUAUUAUGCAUUUUAUUUAUUAGGCAAGAUUAACCGUGAAACAAACUAUAAAAUGAAAACCUCGUUUUGCCAGGCAUUAUUAUUCUCGCACCAUAAUAAAAUUUCAGAACACUGGUAAUGUGUUUUUCAUUUUGAUAGCAUUAUUAUCUAAUGUUAUCAUUAUAACUAAGUAAAUAAAAUUUAAAAAACAAAAGUUAAAUAGGGAUAAAUUGAAUUGUAUAGUGGUGGCAUGAACUUUCUUCACCUCACUGAUCUGGGAAAAUCCUUGAACCCACCAACCUAUUUAUCAAUUAACGACACUACGCCUCCUCAUUUUUGUAAUGUAAUAUACAGGUAUUGUACACAUAUACAUUAUAUUAUUAUUAUAAAAGAAAUCUUCGUCUUUGGCAAAAACAAUAAAACUUCAAACACAGACUUCCAAUUUAGUUAACAAACGUUCACCUAUAGCUGACCUAGCCAGGAUAUUUAUUUUGAAAAAAUAAACUACAAGUCCCCAGACUCACAAGUCACAGAACUACCCUCGCACCACCACUGGUUGUAAAAAUAAUAAGCACUACUAUUUGUAUUAAUAUAUUGUGCUGAUAAUUGUUUGGUGACAUUUUAUAAAACAAAAAAAAGGUGUACCUAUUAAAACAAUGUCGAAAUCGCAUAACAGAAACAAGAGCCACUGUACUGGACACUAUUUUUUAUAUAACAUGGAGUUAAGCCAUUUUACUGAAAUUGCAACAUUAGGUAUUUUAUUUUAUUAUAGUCAUACAAAUAAUAAUAAAGCUAAACUACAAUAAAUUGUGGAAAAUUAUAUACCUCAUAAUAAACAUCAAUUAUGAAAAUUACAAAUAGUUUACAAUCAAAUAAUUGCAUUAGAUAAAAUACACAAUAGACAAAUAUAUAUUAUAUAUAAAGAAUAAAUUUAAAAAAAAAAAUUUUAAAUGUUAUAUUUAUUUAUACUCUGAUUAUAGAAAAAGUAAUAAUGAUCCAUUACAUGUUAUAAUAAAACAACUAUAAUUGUAUAUAAUUUACUAGAUAAAGAUCAUAUCAUGAGAUGGAGAGAAAAAGAAUAAAAUGCAUAAUUUAUUAUGGAUUACAUGAAUAAUUAGUAGUGGGAUUAUUUUUUUCUGUAGUUAACUAUUGUUUAUUAGGUAAUUUAUGAAACUUGGUGAACUGUUCUUGGUAUUCAGCAAUAGCUUUCACAGCUUCAUUUAUUGUAUUACACCAUUCAUCUCGCUCCUCUGGUGUAUCAAAAGCUAGUAUUAAUGGAUCAUCCAAAUUAAAAUCAAGAGGAUAUUCAUUUGUAUUUUUAUUUUGACCAUGAGCAGUAAAUAGUAGCCGCGCUGCAUUUGGUUUAACAUGUAAAUCAAAAUAUGGUUGGGCAGCAGGAAGUAAUCCCAUUUUAUAAGGUUUUGACUGUAUUACUCCUAAUUUUAAUGGCAAACAACCACUUAGAUCAAUGAUACCCCCUAUCUCUCGGUUUUCUUCACCAGGCUUAUGAUACAGCCAGUAUUUUAAAAUCACAGUUUGUGGAUAUGUUUUUUCAUUAAUUUGUGUACCAUUAUUAUCUUCAUUAUCAUCCUUCACAGCAGUAAGAUCAUUGACUUCAACUUUGAACCAUAAACGAGUCCACAAAGCCAUGCUUUUCAUUUCGUCAUCUUUGUUUAAGAAAUGCUGCCAUUUUGAUGUUUUAUUUGAUUCAAAGUUAAAAGGAAUGCGUAAUGCAGAUUCAUCUAAUAGUGUAAUAAAUCCUUCAGUAAUCUUGCACUCUGAUGGUAAUUUCAAUGGCUUUAUUAACAAAUUUUCCUGACUUUUAGACAACAUACUAUUAUUUAAGUCUGAUUGAACGUGUCUGUGAACAUAGUUCUCACCAUCUUCAAGUAUCUGCAUACCUAUAUGAGCAACUUUUGGUUCACAAGUUGGUACAGCAGAAUUUGGAAUACUUGUACUACCUUUGAACUUAUAAACAUAAUUUAAUGUAAACUGCUGGCAAUCCACUUUGUUGCUAGAAAACACAAAGAAGGCGAGUUUACCGUACAUUGUAUUCCGUACUGCUGAUGAUAUCGCAGGUGAUUCUGUUGGAUAGAGUCCAUAUAACUCUACAGUUAUUUUCCGCUCACUAUUUUCCAAACCAUCAAUUAUAAUAGGGGUGCCUUCAGUAUCAGGACAUAUGCGGCCAGAACUAUCAAUUUCUUUGUUAAUAAACUCUACAUAUUCAUUAUAGGGAAUGUUAUUAUUUAAAAUGAACCGAUUAAUUGACUGAUUCAAUGUAUCAAUAGGUCGGGUAGCUAUUGUUAUAGGUGGUCGAUACACUGUACCUGCCGCUCGAAUAACACACACAAAAUACCUAAUUUCCUGAGGCCAUUUAAUCAAAGUUUUUGUUCGAAGAUCAGCUUUGUUCUUAAUAGAAUAAUUUUCCCUAAUCAUUGCAGUCAAUAAAGGAAUACGUAGACUGUAAAUAACAAGUCUUUUGCCAUUUCCAGGGGGGCAAGAGCGAUAUCUUCCAGCUAUGCCUUCGGAGGAUAGAUUAUAUUCAUUAUGUAGCUUUUUGAUCUCUAACAUUGCAUCUGUUCGCUUUAAAUUUGCAAUCAGUAAAAGACCCUCAGCAUCCAAAUGCUCAUCUGAAUAUUCAUUAUGCCUAAGAUACUGGUAGUUUUCUUCUCUAUACGCAUCAACUAUUCUCAGUGUUUGGGUAGCUCGUCUUAUUAUGUUAUUUUGCUCUUUAAUUACAGUAUCCAACAUUGCUACACGUUCUGCUAAGGUUACCAUUUUCUCAUCAAUAUAAUUAUUUUUCGAGGAUUUUUCUUUUCCAUAUUGUUCCUUAGUUUUCAUUCUGUUAUUAGCUAGUCUGAGUUGUUGCUGCUUACGAUACAAGUUAAUUGUUUUUAAAAGCCGUGAUUGGGUAAAUGUGUGCGUAUGAAGUAUUUUUUUGAAGUCUUGCGACUUUUUAGAAUUAAAAAAGUCAUUACAUACCAGUGGUUGAUAGAAUGUAAAACUGUUGGAAGCUUGAGAAAACGGUCCAUUAGGAUCUAAUGGCAAUGAUGAUGUUUCUGGAGUUGAGCUUUCUUUCUUAAUGGCUACCGUAAAACUGUCUACCAGUGACUUCACAAUUGUAUCUGUAAUAGAUUCCAUUGAAAUAUUGCAGGGAUUACUGGGGACUAAUACUCUAUCAUCAUCAAACACCUCAUCUAAUUCGGUCCAUGUAUUAUACCAUUUCUUUUUUAACAGUACAGUUUUUAUGCCUGAUGAAUUCCAACUACCAUAAUUUGCUGAGUUUGUACUACCAGAAUAUUCUUUAGAGAACGAUUUCAUUGUUGAAGAUCUAUAUUUAAAAAAACUUUGAGGAUUAUUAUCUUUAUUAGUAACUGGUAGUGACUGAUGUUGAUGCGUAAAUAAUAAUUUAUUUUUAUACUUUUUUUGUGGCGAUGUUAAUAGUGGUGAUAGCUGUAAUUCAUCUAAUUGAUUUGGUAUGUCAUAUGCUGCUAUUGGCUCAUUUGAUGCUGAUUCUUCUAACUGUCUUAAUAGUACAGUUGUAUUGGCAGUGGUUAGCGGUUGAGACUCGAAUGUCAUUUUUAACAUACUCGGUGAAAACUGUUUAGGUUUAUCACUCAUAGUAUGUCUGCGCGCUACAGACUAUUAUAGCUACCUAGUUUAAACAUAAAUAAAAUCAAUAAUCAUAGAAUACAAAUUGUUCUAGUCAAUAACUAGGUACCCAGUAAUAUAAAUUAUUAUUGUCACGCCAUUAUGAUAAUAUUAUCAUUAUAAUAGUUAUCAUCAGUGAUAUUAGUGGAUGCCAUCGCUCUACAUUUUUAAUUCCUUUACUUAUUUUGACCAGAAUCCCUAGACUCUCCUAAGACUUGUGUUUUAAAAUUAAGUAGAUACAUAUUACACAUUAGCAAAUCGGUUAUGAAAAUUAUUUUUGUUUUUUUUUUUAAUUUUAAUUGUUAUUGUACUAAGAUUAUAUUACUUUUAUCUUAGAGGAAAUUUUAAAGUUUUUUCAGUAAAAAUAUUGUAUUCAUGCUUAAAAAGUUUUGUUAUCAAAUAAUAUGUUAUCACACCAUCCUCAAAUGUUUUAUUAAAAUACUAGUUGUAUCGCCACCUGCCGUUGCCUGUUUCAAUUUUUUAUUUAUAAUAAUAAUUAAUAAUUGGAACCUUCAUUUCCAUCCCCACCUCAUACAGUGCCGUCCUGUCCGGCUUCACCCCAUUUUGUAUCGUUUCAUACUCUCUAUUAAUCGUUGUUGCCCUUUUUCUUUUGUGCUAGAAACAUAUAACUACAGAUCACUCGUUUUUUUCGGAGACAUAAGGCAUAACAACACAAAUAUAGCAUUAAAAUAUGUCGAUUAAAGGAAUGUAGCAUUCGUGCCAAAUUUGUAUUUAUAACAAUAUUAAUAGCAGUUUAUUUUGUUUAUGUUUAUUACCUAGGUAAUCAAAUAAUUAAAAUAAUAAAAAAAUAAUUAGAUUUUUGGAUUUUUGUACUAAAAAAAAACUCUAAAACAAAAUUUCAGGGGUAAAGUGGUUGAAUAUUAAAACUCUCCUAUAGCCUAUUAUUAUCUUCCCAGGAAAAUUCUGAACAUUUUACAAAAAAUUGCAUUAAAAUUGCUCCAAUAGUUAUAGGAUUUAUAAAGGACAUACUUACAGACAGACAUUCAUUACUAUAGGUAUAUAUAUCGGAUAGGUUCAUAAUUAGCCUUAUAAAAGAAAUAAUAGUUUUUAUUUUAUUACAAUUUUAAUAAAAUAUUUUUUUGUUUUUUUUCCUAGCAAAUUUAAAAACAUGUUAUUUCUUGUUCAAUAUGAUAGGUAAUGGUUUGCUGCAUAAAUUAAUAGUGUUGAAUUAGUGUAUUAACUAUAAUAAUAAAAAAUUAAUACUUUAUAUUUUUUUAAACAAAUAUUAUAAGUAGAAGAAUAAAAAUCUAAACAUUUGUGUUAAAAUGGUUUUAUGUAAUUUAUAGGUACUUCCAUUUAGAAUGAACGUGGUAAAAUAAUUGUUACACUUAUAAAAAGGUGCUAAUAGAAUUAGUAUUAAGGAAAUAAAGACAAGACUAUUUUGCAAUGGAGACUAGGUAUUUUUGACUUGGACAUGAAUAUUGAAAAAAUAUUGGGGGCAAUUCUGUGUUCUUAUUUGCGUCUUAGCUAACCUAUGUUAUGAUAUGAGGAAAUGUAAGGCAUUUUGUGUCACUUCGAUUACUGCCUAUCAUACAGGUUUAUACCCAAGUUACAUACUCGUACAAUAAUAUUCCAACACGUAAUUAGCAGGUAGGUACCGUGAUGGAGAACAGCCGCGGUCAAAAUGACGAUCGCAAAUAAACGAUACGGGUAGAGCGGUAUUUUCAUGAAAACGGAAAAUCCGAUUGGAGAGAUAACGCGGACCGUGUGUAAAACCACUAUAAAAACCAGACAAUAGUAUCUAUAUCACGGGCGACUAAAUAAUUUAUCAUACAUCACGACGCCUAAAGAAAUCGUAUAGAACCACGGCGUCCAUUUUAAUUAAAUUAUAAUUUGGUAUUGUCGAGUAAGUACUUACCGUUUUCGACUUUUGCGGAUGACGUCGACGCUUAAUUUGAGAAACGAUUAUUGCCGCGACACUCACAAUUCAUAGAUUGUCAUAACCGUAGACUCGAUAAAAGAUAGUAUGGACUACUGGACUACUGGACUACUGGAAUGAACAUCUGAACAUGACCAAACAAAAUUCAAAAACUAUUUAGCUUGUCGGUUAUCGAUCGUCAGCUCUAUACGAUAUGACACACUCUAGCGGAGAACAUAUUAAAUAUAUUAUACUAACUAAUCAAUACCUUAAUUAUUACUAUCAGAGAGCAGCUAUUUUUCUGUAAAUCACCACUUCGUGUAUAUAGCACGGGAAACGGUCAAUUGGUCCUCGCGAUAAAAUGUUGAAUGUGAACAAUCGGUGCCCUUCAUAAUUUUAUACGGACAAUAUGAGUCCCGAGGAAAUUUUGUUUUCACGCUUUUAGAUUACUUCUAUGAACACAUGAUACACUACCACACCCAUAGAUGAUAAUACAAUUCAGAUUGAUGGUAAAUUAAAUCGUUAUCAAAAUAUGUCGUCAUAUGGGGCAAUAUGGUAGUUAAUAUAAUUUUUAUAAAACAGAGUUGUGAUUUAUAUGGAUCUACGUCAAUUGGUCCCCACGAAAAAACGUUGUAUGCGAACAAUCGCCCCUCGUCAUAAUUUUAUACACCGGCAAUUUAUUUAUCCCUGGGAAAUAUUUUUUUUAGAUUUCAAAGAUUUUAACCUAAAAUCGUCUCUAACAUCUGUUUAGUUGUUAUCAUUUUUGGCGGGAAAAAUUCAAGUGAAUUAAAAAAUUAUGUUCUUCCAUUCGACCAAAACCGGUCUUAUUUUGUGUAAAAUCAACAUCUACUUCCACCUUGAAUUAAUGCUAAUAUUUAAUUGCUCUAGUACAAAUUUAUUCGUAAAUUCGAUUACUGAUAACACUAUCACAAUCGAGAAAUAAAAAAUAUCCCGAAGUGAAAAUAUUUUUUCUUGUGUUUUUCAUAUUAAUAUUUUAAAUAGCUAUAACUAAUAAUAACUAGUAAGUUAAUAAGUUAUUAAUAAUUAAUAACUUAUUACCUACAAAUUAAUUUUUGAUAUACAUAAUAAAAUCUGAUGAUAUUAAUAACACUAUCAUGCAUGGCCUGUCAUCUAAAAAAUUAAAAACUAUAAGUGAUAAAUUCAGUAAUUCGGAAUGAAUUAACAAGUUUCACCAGAACUUUAAACACACAAUUAACUACAACUGUCAAUUAGUAUAUUCUAUACAUAGUUAAGUAUAAACGACAAAAAUAUGCUUGUCGCAUAUUUGUUUAAUUACAAAUGUAUUAUUAUUAAACUAUUCAUCACGCGUGUUUACUAACUAAAACAACAAACUAUAUAGUAACCAAUUAUUAGAAAACCCUUUUACUAACUCGAAAUGAACAGUUAUAAAAUUCACCAAACAGUUUACUCACAUGCAAAACUGUUGAAAUCGGUGAACUCAUACACAUAAUAGAUAAGGUUAGCAUGUUUGUGGCUGAAUAGUAACCAGAUUACUCAAAAUUGCAUUACAAUAACAGACCUAUUAUUAUAAGUAAUAUCUAAUUGCAUAGGUGCAUAAGAUGUUAUAUCUAUAUAGGUACCUAUAGUAAUUCAAUUCUAAUAAUUACUUAUUAUUGAUCGUGUUAAUUAGUAGGAAUUUGUUAUGGGGAGGGACAUUGAUAAUGUAUUAUAAAUGUCCCGUAUAACUACAAUUGAUAAUUAAGGUACCUAUUUUUUAAUAACUAAACAAUUACUCCACAGUCACAGUAGGUACAACACAAUAUAUAAUGUUGAUGAAUUUGAUUUCAGGAGUUCCAAUAGAAAAUCCAUCACGAAUCUUACAAUGGACUACCCACAACAUGUCUGUAUGGGACGACAUAAUAUUGUUGAGCAAAGAUACCGCAGAUCAUCAGCCAUUGCUUAUGAUCAACCAAACUGGUGUUUACACUGCUCCAGACAUUGAAAAAAUGGAAAACCAGACAUUAAAAGAGUUCCAAAUUUUAAAAGUAAUUCGUAGCAAUAAAAUUAAUACUAGAUUAUAAUGUUUAGGUUAGUUCAAUACAAAUUUUUGAUUAAAGCUCAUCUUUUAAAAUUAACAGACAUGCAAAUUUAUCUACAUAUUUUCAAUAAAUAUAUAAAUGAAUAAUUUAUAUGUAGAAAGUAAAAAAUAAAUAAAUGUGUUAAAUAACAUGAACCCACAGAUUAUAGAAUAUCAUCCUUACCACAUACCUUCCACAUCUCCCUAUAUUCAUUACAAUUGCUUCUCCAACUCCACAUAAUAUAUCCGUAUACCUCCUCUAAAAACUUGUACAGCUAUUUUCUCUUUUGAAUUCUUACCUCUUGAGAAAAAGUUCUAUAUAGGUACCUAUCUACUUCAACUUAAACACUUCAACUCAAUUAGCAGAUUGACUAUCUCACAACCGUCUCUCAAUAUCACAAUUUACUUCCUGUCAUACAUUUCAUCUAAAAUAUAUUGUACGCAGGUUUGUGGAAAAUAAUUGUGGUUUUUACAGAUGAACUACACUAAAUAUUUAUAUGAAGUCGAUGGAAAGACAAUGACCAACAAAGAAGAAGGUCGGGCUUCUCGGGCCGGAUUACCCCGUUUCGUGGAUAAAGCGCUGCAAUUGCUCAAUUUGAACCAGGUAGUGGGUGAGGUGGAGACAAGCGUCAUGUCUAAAAUGUCAUGUACUGCAUGCAGAGCAGGAGCUGGUCUACUGCAACACUACAUAAAAAAUGGCAAAACUCAAGACGACAUCGCAAAAAUUACUUACCAGUUCUGCACUAGUUUCAAAUUGCAGACACCACGAGUUUGCGAGGGCAUUACUGAAAUGUUUAGCGUGAGUGUUAUUAUUAACAUAUUAUUGCCAUACAAAUGUAUUAUACCACCGAUUUGUUUAGGGCGAAGUGGUUUACGUUCUACAGAGAGUUACCAUAGGACCAGAAGAAAUCUGCAGUUUCGUCAUUGGCGACGUUUGUGGAGAUGUAUACAACCCAACACACGAGUGGGAUGUAGUUUUUCCUCCGGUUCCCAAACCUACUCCAAUCGAAAUUAAAAUUCUAAAAGUAAUUUCUAUUAUUAUAAUUGCACAAUGUAGGUAUAUAUCCUAAUUGCACACCAAAGUUCAUAUAAAUGAUCCAUUAUAACAAAAUACCUUUCCCUUUUUUCAAGAUGACAAAUUGCCAUCCAAUUUUUUUACUUAACCCCAAGCAUAAGAAAUAUUCAUACCAAAUAAGUUUAAAUGUGAGAAUUAGCUAUAAAAUUAUCAAAUUGUAAAACAUUUCAAAUAUAGACAAUUUUUAUCGGAUAGAGUUAAAAUUUCUAAUACCUAACAAUAAAAUUUAUUCAUACAUUUUAUACCCCAUUCUAACCAAACUUAUUUUAAUAUUUGAUUUGUUUUCAAUCAAUUAAUAUUAUGCAGAAAAACUUCUAUUGCAAACUACUAAACUUGUUUUUUAUAAAAAAAAAAAAGUUAUUGUAAAACUAAAUAGUAGUUAUUACCUGUUUAAAAUUUCUAAUACUGUAAAAGUACUUUUAACAUCCUUUGAGCAUCUUUAUUUGGAAACUAGUAGUCUUACAAAUAUAAUACAUGAUAGAUUUAUAAAUAAUAAAUACUAUAUAAGUGAAAUUAAUAAAAUUAUAAAAUAUUUCAGGAACCAGUUCCUCAGUUCAAAGUUCUUCAUUUGUCUGAUACCCAUUUUGAUCCUUAUUACGAAGAAGGGACAAAUGCAGAUUGUAAUGAACCUUUAUGCUGUCGUUUAACCAAUGGGCCAGCACUUAGUCUGCAAAGCCGCGCAGGCAGAUGGGGAGACUAUAGAAAAUGUGAUACUCCCAAACGUACUAUUGACAAUAUGCUUCAACAUAUUGUCACCACGCACACAGUAAACAUCUAUUCAACAUAAAAAAAAUAAUACAUGCUAUAUAUUAAAUACUACUAAUGUUUCAUUAAAGGACAUUGAUUACAUUAUAUGGACCGGUGAUCUACCGGCGCAUGAUAUUUGGAACCAGACCAAAGAAGAAAAUCUAAGCAUUUUAAAGGAAACUGUUGGACAGUUGCUAAAAAUGUUUCCAGGAAUUCCCAUAUUUCCAGCACUUGGCAAUCAUGAAGCAGUACCAGUGAACAGGUACCUGCUACUACUUAUAUGCAGAGCUCUGGACUUUUAGCACUUAAAAUCCAUAAAAAAAGACUGAAAAAAAUGAUAUAGGGGUAAAUAAGUUUAAUGAUUCUAACUUAUUAAAUACAACUAUCUAAUACUACAAAAAUGAUUCAAUACUAUUUUUUUUUAAUAAAACUACAUUAUAAAUAAAAUUAUUUUGUCCAAAAUUAUUCUAUAACAUAUUUUGUAUUGUUAAAAAAUUUCAUUUUUUAAAAUUAAAGCCAUUAGGACUUUCUUUAUCACUCCAAUGGUUUUUUUAAAAAUAUAUUUUAUUUUGUGGAUUUUAAUAAGUAAAAGUCUCAAGUCUUGUUCAUUUAUUUUGUUUGCCUAGUGUUUAAUAUAAUUACCCGUAUUAAUAUAAACUGUAUAUAAAAAAAUAAUUGUAUAGUUUUCCUCCGGCAUCUGUUACCAAACCAGAGUACGCCAUUGACUGGUUGUACAGCGAAUUGGACACACAAUGGCGACGAUGGUUACCAGGUUCUGUAAGCAGAACCAUCAAACGUGGGGCGUUUUACAGCGUAUUGGUCCGCCCUGGAUUUCGCAUAAUAUCGUUAAACAUGAAUUACUGUAAUAAUAAAAAUUGGUGGUUAUUAAUGAACAGUACUGAUCCGGUCAAAGAACUUCAGUGGUUUAUAUAUGAAUUGCAAAACGCAGAAUUCAAUGGGGAAAAAGUCCACGUGUUAGGCCACAUACCGCCAGGACACCCAGAUUGUUUAAAAGUCUGGAGUCGAAACUAUUAUGCCAUAAUCUCUAGGUGAGUUUCUGAAACAAUACCCAUAAUAUAUACAUUAGGUAACCUACCUAAUACUGUUUAUAUUUAAUAAUAUUUUCACGAGAAUUUAGAUUAAUAAUAUGUAAUAAAUACUUAGUACUGCAAAGGUUAAUGGACUAGCAUAUAUUAUAAUCAAUAAUUUAAACCAAACAAAAUUGUAUAACAAAAAUAUAAGACUAUAAUAAAAAAAAAUCUUAUGAAAAAUCAAUAGCUAAAAAUAAAUCAAAACAUUACUUAAAAUUUUGUACUAUUUUUAAAAAUAUUAUCUAAUAUAUAUGUACAUCACAGUCACAAAAAUUGUAUAGAAGUUCAAUUAUUUUAAUGCCUAUAUUACUUUAUACAUUCAAACUAACUUAGUACCAAAAUUAACUAAAAAGAAGUAAAUAAAGAUAACAGGGUUUUCACCAAUGUGGUGUACUUAAAAUAACUGAUAGUGAUUAAAAUUUAUAAAAAAAUGUAUAAUUUAAAUUACUUAAAUACAUCAAUAAAACAAGUUCCAUAAACUUAAUUUAUAAAUAUGUUAUAAUUUUGCAUAUGAUGCAUUAUAUAUUUUAUAUUGGACAUAACCAUGUAAUUGUAAUAAGAUGAAAACAUACAAAUUUUAAAAUGAAGGUAGAAUUAAUAGAUAUUUUAUAAUUAUUAAAUCACAAGUAGGUACAAUGUACCAACCAAAGAAUUUAUUAUUUUUAAUUUUGAGAAAAUUUAAAUAAUGGAUUGAAAAAUACAAAUUUCUAUAGAAAUUUCUUAUUAAUUCUUGAUAACAUAAUGUAUUCACAAAACAUAUUUGGUUGACCAACCAGCAUUUAUAAAUAUGUUUACAAUUAAGAUUUAAGAUAUUUAUUAACUCACAUAACUAGAAUAUAAUUAAGUUGUCUUUAUUUAAAAAAAAAAAUAUAUAUCACUUCUUGUAUAAUAAAUUUCAAAAUAUUAGGAAAAAAUUAUUAAAAAGUUCAAAAAAUGUAUGACACAUUCAAAAUGAAAAAAAUUACAUUUAGUGACUUAAAAAGAUAAAGAGGGGACUUUAAGUGACAUAUAGUUUAAUGUAACAAAUAUUUCUAAGUUAUUCUUAAAUAAAUUGUUUUUAAUGUUUUUGAUUAAAAUAAAUAAUAAUUAAAUACUUUGCUGAAUAACCUAAAUUUCAAACACUUAAAAAUAUUAAUAUAAUUAUAGUAUUUAAUUCAAAAUUAAUCUAUACUAUUAACAAGUAUUUACUUUAACAGAUAUGAAAGUACAAUAACUGCUCAAUUUUUCGGCCACACUCAUUUCGAUGAAUUUGAAUUGUUCUACGAUACACAAGAUAUUGGCAGACCUGUCAGCAUUGCAUACAUUGGUCCUUCUGUCACUCCAUAUUAUGAUCUUAAUCCUGGUUACAGAAUAUAUUACGUGGAUGGUGAUAGAGAACAUUCAUCAAGGGUAAUACAGAUUGAACUAUAUUACUAAGUGAGCAGUGAACAUAGUUAAUAAUAAUUACCUAUCUUGAAGGCUGUGCUAGACCAUGAAACUUGGGUAAUGAAUUUAAAAGAAGCCAAUUUGUACGAUUAUCCAAUCUGGCAAAAAUUAUACUCCACACAAGCAGCUUACAAUUUGCAGUCUUUAAGACCAGAAGACUGGGACGUGUUCAUCAAUAAUUUGGCUGAAGAUCAAACAACAUUUGAUCUAUAUUACAAGUAAAAUCUAAAAAUACUUUAAUCAAAAAAUAAAAAUAACAAUUCAUGUACCACUUUUAUAGGCAUUAUUGGAAAAACUCACCAACAAGACCAGUAUGUGACGCAGAGUGUAAAAAACGUAUGAUAUGUGAUCUUCGCUCAGGACGUUCACAUGACCGUAAAAUUCUAUGUCAAGAAAUCGAGUCUCGUAUCGAUGCCGGUUCCCGAGUUAGUUGGGGCGCUUGGCUAUACAAUGGGUUCACUGCAUCGUAUGUUUCAUUAUUAUCUUUCAAAUAUUAUUGGGUGCCUGUAAUAGUGCCUUACAUAUCAGUCAACAAAACUCAAGACUUUACUUUCCAACUAAUGCUAUACUAACUGAUAUGCAAAUUCACGCUUUUUUAAUUAUUCAAAAACAAAAAUAUAAAAAUAAUAUUUAUCUUUUCACGUCUUUUUCAAAGAAAUGCAACUGGUGAAGGUCAAAUAUAACUAUCACUAUAUAUGUGCAUCUACAGCAAUCUUCUAUUUAUUGGUGAGUGGGUAUAUUCUAAAUUAUAGCACAUUGAGUUAUUUAUUAGAAAAUAAUCAAGACAAAAUAGAAAAAAAAAAUUCUAAUUACAGUAACUAUUAGUUCAAACACUAAUUAUUAUAAGUUGUUUUGUAUAAUAAGUAUAAUUUUAGAAACUUAUAAAUUUACACCAUAAUUACAUAAUUACAAGUUGAUAAGUUUUUAUUAUUUAAACAAAAUGGUGUUUCUCAACUCGGGGGAACACAGACCUCUAGAAGUCCGUGAGAAAAUAUUAGGGAGUUUGCAAAGAAAUUUAAAAUUUGUUGUAUUUGAUUGAAUUGGCUUGUUAUUUGUGACAUUUGAGAGUCCAUUAAGACGCAGUGGUGACAGGUCAAGGUGUACAUGAAUGAAAAAAAUAUUGAAAAAUACCGGGCUAGAAAAAUACAUGAAUUUAGGAAUUAAAAUGUUGAAAAUAAUAUUUUAAUAAAUUUUAUUUAAAAAAUAACAUUAACAAUAUUUUACAUUUGUACUAUUAUUGUAAUAGUAGGUAAAUUAAUUAAUAAAAUAUUUGAAUACAAAAAAUGAGUUCUAAUUUGUCUUACAAUAAUUACAAUAUUGUAAAAAAUAUUUCAAUUAUACAGCUGAACAUUGUUAUUCACAAUUAUUUAAUAAGAAUAAAAAUAAAAAAUUAUACAAUUCAGUGAUUCUGAAACUAAUUGUAUUUGACUGUUACUUAAUGUUCUAUUGAUUUUCUACAUUAUAGUAUAAUAUGAACCACCUAUACAAUUAAAACACUUCUAUUAUGAAUAAAACAGUAGGUGGUGUGUAAUGUAAAAGAAAAUAACAAUACUACACAAUAAGCAACAGCCAUUAACUUACUAUAUUACUUUAAUUAUUUUAAUAUUAAUUAAAAUAUUCUAUUGUUAAUAGGAUGUCCGUAAUCAUGUCCAUACCUCACUACACGUACCAGAUACCUAAAUACCUACUAGGAUACACCAGGUGAGCAAAAUUGUGAAGCAAUGUGAAACACACAAAAUGUAGUAAUGGCCACUCAGUCAUUGAACAGAACUAAUAAGUUGGGCGAGUAAACAUUUAUUCUGAAACAUUUCCUCAUUACAGCAAUCAAACGAAAUGAUGUGAUUAGAAGUAGGUUCAUUUUUAUACUUGGAGAAUAAUCAAAUAUAUGCAAGGCUACAGCCCAGGAUAUGAAUAUAAAUAUAAUUAUACACAACUAUACACACAAAAAUGUGUAUAUGCAAACAUGUGUUACGCACAACUAUUAAUGUAUACUUUUUUUAUUUAUUUAUUUUUAGGCACUUAAGUCCGUUGAUGGAUAAUAUUUAUUAUGUACAGUAAUCUAAAUUAGGAAAAUUAAAUUAUUAAAUUGUAAAUAAAUAGACAAAGUAUCUAAAUAUUAUUAUUAUUUUACUUUUUUUUAGGAGUUUAAUGGAAUUAUUGACUUCUAUAUAGUGAGCCAAAGAGAGUAUUAAAUUCAAAACGAACAAGUAUUUAAUUUAAGUUCAAUGUUUAAGUCUUUUAUUUACGCUUAAAUUAAUAUACCACUGGGUAUCAAGUUCCUAAUUAAUGUUAUUUUCUAUGAAUACAUUAAAACUUAAGUAAAACAACUUGUUACAAAUAAAAUAAUUUCAAGUAAAUUAAUUUUUUUUUUUUUAAAAAAAUUAAUGCUUUUUAAUUUUUUUUAAAAACAUUCGUAUUAUUUAGUGUAUACUUAAACUAAUAUGUUAAAAAAAUAUAUUCAAGAAAUCUUAAUAAAAUUAUUUAUAAAUUAUGUUUAAUGAACAAAUUACUAAGUACUAUACAAAUGAAACACAGUAUAAACAAAUUUGAGCAAAGGAAUGUUUUUACUUAAUUUAAUAUAAUUCAUCAUAUUUAUAAAAUAAUAUAAAAAUGUGUAUAAUAUUCACAUCGAUUAUCAGAACAUAAUUUAAGUAAAUCUUACCAAUAUUAUUUAAUGAACACUGACAUCACAAAAACUUAAAAUUAAAUAAAAUGAGAUUCAAUUGAUUAAGAUAAACAAUGUCAUGAAAAUUAAAUUAAUUUUACCCGUAAAGUUGUAAAAUAUUGAAAAUAUUACAAGGAACAUCCACUUCGGCUUUGCCUUUUUUAUUUAAAUAAAAAAUUAAAAACGUUAAAAAAAAAAAUCACAAAUAAAACAUGACUAUAUAAUGGUUAAAAAUGUAUAAAAAUUAAGUAGAAUUGUUGUUUUUAAAUGUGUUAAAAAAAUAAAUAAAUAGAAACCAAGUACUUAAACAUACAUUAGAGAGCGAUAUUAUAAGUAAAUGUAAAAUUAUAUUAGUUUUAACAUUUAGACUUUUAGGAGUUUUAAUGUUGUUGAUAAUACAAUUUUUUUAUUACUUAAGUAUUUUUAAUUUAAUUUUUAGUUUUGGACCUAUCAGGUUUUUUUAACUUUAUAAUUUAAUUUAAAUUAUGUGAUCAUUUAAUUUAUUUCACAUAAUUAAUAUUUUCUUUUUUAAAGUCGAUAUAAUAAUCAAAAUUUUUUGCUCAAUAGUAAUCUAUGUUAAUAACCUUCGCAAAUUCCUUUUCCUUUUGGAUAAACUAGUUACCAAUGGGCGGCGAUUAUAUGAUGAAAUUGAUAAUAUUGGCAUGGACAAACAUUUAUGUUCAAAAUUGUUGGCAUAUUCACACAUACAUUUUGUGCAGAAUAUGAAUUUACAAUGAAUUCCUUUACAUUCAGCACGGGUUGAUAGAGAGGGUGACCAUGAUGCAGGUCUUGUACACCGUGGACAUUUAACCAAUUGUUGAUCUGAACUCAAUUUUUUUGCUUCCU